AACAGAUACACAAUGAACUGCAACGGACAACCUUCGACAUUCCCGUGGCAUCGGCUUCCACGGGAAAUACAGCUGGAUAUUCUGUCCCUUCUAGCCCGUGUCGACCAGCUUGCCAAGUGCGCCGCCGUCUGUCGAGACUGGCAAGAAUAUUUCGAAAACAUUCUCUUUCGAAAGAUCAUCGUUCACCAGAGAGAUCUUGCCCGACUUGGCGAGGUUAGCCCCUGUCGCACGGAGCGGAUUCGACAUCUCUGGUUACGCAUCGAACUUCUCCCCUACGACUGCUCAAGAUGUUAUAAUUUUGGUCUCCAAGAUCAUACAAGGAACGGCCCCAUCUUCCAAGAAGCCCUCCGUAAACUGUUUAGCGUCCUCCACAGUUGGAAGGGACGUAACCCAUCGCACCCAAAUAGCGGGUUGACCUUGGAACUCAGUGUUCACUCUCCCAGUGAUUCACAACACCAGUUCCAGAACUUUUCUUUCGAAGAUGAUGACGACAAUGGCAAAGAAGCCGAUGUCUGCACCAUUGACGAUCCGAAUCACGGCUGGGUCGGCGGACGGCGCAACUUCCAGCCAACAGCAUGGGCUGUGACAGAGGUCUUUGGUGGUGUUUUUGGGACUCUCAACAUUAUCCCACCGGGGUUUUACUGGCCUGCACCGGUUGUCAAACAUCUCCUUGUUCGUCGGCAAACGCGCCGUAGGUUUGGAUACUCGACGUUGCGGCAUCUCAUGAAUUGUCUCCCUGGGCUAGAAGCCAUUAGCCUGGAAUUCUGGCGAACGGAUUUUCGAUGGCAACAAGAUGCUUGGGAUCAAGGCUUCCUCAAGCUUGGGCGGCUCUAUCUACCCAAGCACGUCAAACGGCUCGCUUUCUUCGAGGACUUUGAUGAGGAUAUAGACUCCAUGUUCGCUGGACCGAGCUUUGUCGGUGCAGAGUUUGUCAGAACUCCUAACCGAGCUCUUGGGGCCAGCCUGGCAGCAUUGCAGAACCAGCAGAGCCUGUGUGUGUCCUUCAUAGUCGACGCGUGCGACUUCUUUGAGGCGCUCCGUCACCGUCGACGUGACGGAGCAUGGCGAAAUCUCACCCACUUCUCCAUGACUUCGAUACUCCUCCAAUCACAGACGCCCGCGUCGAAAGUUCAACAGCUUCUGAUGAUGGCAGCAUUUGCUGCCUGUCGCUUUCCCAGCUUGGAGGCGAUGGAGCUGUGGUAUGGCAGGCGAGGAGAGGCGUGCCUGUUUCGUUUUAGUAGAAAUCAUGACGGCGCCUUCAAGAUCUUUCGUACUGGUACAUGGGAACUGCCACUACCUCCUGCUGUUAUGGAAGCAUGGAACCGACUUUCCGAAUUGCGUGGAGGGAAAGGAUUGAUGGCGAGUGACCCCAAGCGAAUUGACCGUGAACUCAUACGGUCUCAUGGCGAUGCUAUUCACCACUUGGGGCUCGUUUCGGAUGUUCUUCAUCCUGUAUCGUUGCGGCAGAUCAGGAGAGAGGCACAAAGCUAUGGCCCAAGCUGGAGAUAA